CGUUGCUUAAUUUUUUGUUCUCUGUUCCAGAUCUGCAGCUCGUAAAUCAUCGUCUCGCUUUGAAAUGGCCAAAAGCAAGAUGGAUAGCAUCGAGCGGAGCGGAGUGGUGGCACUCAUACUGCUGUGUCAUCUAACAAAGAUUUUUGUAACGGCAAGCCUGGAGCUGAAUGAAACCCAGCAGCAGCAUCCGACCAACGUCUACCACGACAUGGGAGUCACCAGGAACAAGAUAGCGACAGCACAGUUUGAGUGCUACCAGAAGAUAAUGAAGGACGAUCCCCAGGGAAGAGAAGAUCCUGUGUGUAACCGCACCUGGGAUGGCUGGCUGUGUUGGGACGACACCACUGCGGGGGCUAACUCGGAGCAGCACUGCCCCGACUACUUCCAGGAUUUUGAUCCUUCAGGUAAUAUGUGGCCUACAGUAGCUCUAAAGGGGCAUUUACACCAAUGUAGCUGUUGGAUCAGCUCCAAAACAUCACUACUCUACAUCAUCCAUGGCCCCAUCUGUGCAGCUCUCUUGGUCAAUUUGUUCUUUCUGCUCAACAUUGUGCGAGUCCUCAUCACCAAACUGAAGGUGACCCAUCAAGCGGAGUCUAGUCUCUACAUGAAAGCCGUGAGAGCCACCCUCAUCCUGGUGCCUCUGCUGGGGAUUCAGUACGUCCUGUUCCCCUACAAGCCCGAGGGACGGGUCUCCUCCGAAAUAUACGACUACAUCAUGCACAUACUAAUGCAUUACCAGGGUCUGCUGGUGGCCACCAUCUUCUGCUUUUUCAACGGAGAAGUCCAAGCAGUUCUUCGGAGGCAUUGGAACCAGUACAACAUCCAGUUUGGCAGCAGCAUAGGGAACCACUCGGAAGCGAUGCGAUCGGCCUCCUACACAGCCUCCUCCAUCACAGAGGUACAGGGCUGCUACAGCAUCGACGGCCACACAGAACACAUGAACGGCAAAGGCUUCCACGACGCCGACGCCUCCAUCUUGAAGUCAGACAGCCCCUUCGCCUGACAACAUUCCCGUAACCCUGCCUGCCCCACCCACAAGCCUAGAAACUGCAGUAUGUUCGGAGAGACAACCAGAGAACUCGCCUUUUCCUUUUGAUAUGAAGUCAGAAGCAAUGUUUGAGGAAAAGGACACACUCUCACCCACUCGAAGGAAAUUGUCCCCUCUCGGUCACACCGCUCUUUAUCAGCAUUGUACGGUGAGCUCAAUACAACCACUCCUGCGCUUUGUGUACAAGUUGACACAGAACUGCUUCACUCGACCUAAGAUGCAUUCUGAUAAACACAAUAACGUUGCGAUCUUUCUGCCUGACAGAAUUGUUUUAAAGUGGAUGAACAUUAACAGCUCGACCGUCCUUCGGGGAACAUGUUGUGCACAAAAAGACUUUGGUAAAACUGUAAAUUCUUAUGACAUGGUUAGUGCCAAACCGAGAAAUAUUUGCCUGCCUCGUUUUUUUUCUCUUUUUUCAAUACAGAACCAGAACGAAGAUAGGACGUCUAACAAGUGCAUAAUAACACAUUAAAGCUAUAUUAUAUAUUUCACAUGUUAAACUUAAUUUAUCUGAACAUAUUAUUGUUUAUUGAAUAAAUACCAUACAGUAUUUAUUGAAGUUGAUAUGAUAUAUUAUUUUGGAAAUUAAUAUGACUCAUUGCUUCACGCAGACGUUCAAUGUAUUUCUUGUUUGUUUCUGUGUGCAGUUAAUGCAGAUGAUUUACCGAAUCAUAUCGUUAGCAUGCAAGCUAAUUUAAAGAGAUAUCAUCAUGCUAAUGUUUGAACGUGUUUAAGUGAUCCUUAGUGACCUGUGCAUCCUGUAAACUACAUAUUAGGUUGUUAUUUAACUUCUUAACACAAUAUUUUCACAGGGAAGCCGUCUUGAUAUCACAUGUUCACCUAUAUUCAUUACACUCGAAUGUAACUGAAGUUUGAAGACGUGGCUCUGAACAUAUACUGUAUGUACCACAUUCCCUUUCACUGCUGUCUUUAGCCUUACUGCUCUCAGAUUACUUAAAUAUAACCACUAAAUAAGCAUUAUGGGGUGUUCAGACUGAACGGUACUGUGUUAGAAAUGCAGGAGGCUAACGGUAAGAUAAUGAAAUACAAGUCAGGAAAUUAAUUCUAAAGAAAAGGGUUGGAUUUUCAAAGUCAAUUUUUCAACAUCAACUUACUAACUUAGGAACCGUAGCUAUUGAACUGUAUGUAUGUAUAUUACAUCCCAUUCGUAACUUACUUAACUUAUGUGCAGGAUUUAAGCUAACAAAUACACCUUUUGUCUUUUAAGGUUGUUAGGAAGCUAGAAGCUAAUGUUGUUUAUGCUAACGUUAAACAACAUUAUGCUAAGGUUGUUAGCACCAAGUAGCAGGAACAUGCAUCUGCACAAAGUUAAUUGGUCGAUGCAGAGCGUCUCAAGGUAAUGAUGGAUUGCAUUGCAGCAAAAUUCUAUAUAAACACAAUACUGCAAAAAACAUUCUUAAAAGCUUUUAGCAAGCUGUCCAAACAGUGCUGCUGUCAUUUCAUCCUAAAACCUUCAUGUACGUUUUGCUCAUUUUAUAACCUUUAUAGGCUACUGCUGGGAACAGGAUUCACUAUCAGCUGAUGUAAAUCUUUUUGUAAGUCUAGUUUCUGAAAAGUUGAACAUGUGAGAGUGACUGGCGUGUGUGCAUGAUUUAUACAUUUACAGUAUUUAUGAGUACAUUAUACUCUGACGCAUUCAAGCAUAAAGCAACCGUCUUAUGUGACAGUGUGUUGGACGUUGAUAAAGAUAUUGUUUGUUCUACCUUUGGGUUUAAAAAAGGGAGGAUGCGGAAGCGGUUGGAUAGGUCUGCUCGUAUUAUUUACCAUUUUUUGUAGUCAUCACCUUUCCACUCUGCUUGUAUUUGAAAGUGAAGAAAGAAAAGUAGCACUGCCUUCUUUGUAACUUAUUAAUGCCAUAUUAUAAGAACAGACAGAGACAAUUAGUGUUAGUUUGAUAUGUAGAAACUCACAUUCAACUUUUCAAACAGCAUGUUUUCUUUACUAUUUCAACAUAGAGUGUUGAAGACAAACAAUAUAUAUCCUUCAUAACAGUAUUCCAAAAACAAUUAUACAUUUGUUUUACAGUCAGCUACUUUUGUCUUUGGUGGAUGAGUAUUUUUGUAGAUCAUGAAUUUCUCAAUAAUCUGAACGGUGAGGACCUAUACGGUGGCCAACAGGUGCAAACGCGUUACAACAGCCCAAAACAUUUCCGUUGGGAGAAACGCGGCGCAGUUUAAAAAAACGGUGCACAUACAAAAACAUAAAUGUGCUACAACACAUGAAAAUCUAGAAACAACUUCGCCAACACUAACAAACACAAAGCGCACUUGUUGACGUUUGGGGAUUAUAAAGUUGGCCAAAUUUCACUGUCUUUGGAAACUCACCUAAAAUGUAAUUAUUAAAGUCUUAUUUUAACAAUGUGAUCAGACGAUCCCUUCCGAUUUUAUUGCCUAUCUGCGUAUUAAGCUAGCUAGCUACCGUAGCUAACCCAAUCAUUUCGAAAGUUGGCCAACUUUAUAAAUCCCGAAAACCUCAACAAGCGCUCCGCUCCCAGCUGUGUGCAUCACUUUUUAGGGCUCCCUGGUUUCCGUGUGUUUUGACCCAUUACAGCAUUUUGUAUUUGCAGCACUUUUAGAAAAUGCUGAACAUGUUUCCUACAGUUGGUGAAGAUGUUUCUUUAUUAUCAUGUGUUUUGGCACAUGUGUUUUUAUAUUUGUAUCGUUUUUGAAAGUGCAGUGCUUGUCUCCUAAUGGGUUUUUUGGCCGUUCCAGUAACAUAUUUAAAAGAAAGUUCUAUAGUAUUUUGAUAUGUGAAAAAGUGUUAUUGGAUGCCAAUGAUAACGGGAGUGGGUUAAUUACAGGAUAUAUGCAGAGUAUUCUUUUAAAGCAAGGGUUCAGUAUCACACAUACAUUUUGUACUUUGUAAUGUCAGAUCUGCAGGACAGUUUCUCUGUAUAAUUCUAAACUAUACAACUUACAUACAUGGCGAUCACAGUGGAAGUCUUUAUAAACCAAGUCAUUUACCGUGUGAGGGUUUUAUAGUCAAUUAAACAGUAUUUUCAUCACAUGUUAAGAGAUUUCUGAAAAAUGUAGUAACUAUGUACCAUUUAAGUUGUGUAUAUAUGUGUGAAAUAUUUUCAUAUGAUUCUCCAAAGGAUUUGUGAAGUCCGCUGGGACACUUUCGUGAAAUGUUGUGAAGUAUGACAAAAGCAUUAAUGACAAUGUCUGUAGUUUUUGUUUAUACUGUACUGUAUUUAACUUUGGCAGUCUUGACACAUUGACUCCACACUGCUGUUUGAAUGUAACUGGUUGUGUUUUAUUCUCUGUGAAAAACAUAUAUAUAUACAUAUAUUUACGUACAAGGUGUCUUUUUAUUAUUUCAGUGAUAAGACAACGUUGCUUUCUGCAUUUAAUACAGUUUAGAACAUCAACAACAACCAUCAACUCUAUUAUUUAAUUUUUUGGCUUAAUUUUUUGUAUUGACACACAUGUUUAAAUAAAAAGCACAUAUUUGACUUUCACUAGUUCCAGUAUAGGUAGUUUUGUGGUCAGUAUGAGGGAUUAUGUUAUCAAAUAUGUGCAAUCCUACAAUUCCAGAACAGAAGUAUGAAUAUAAGAUAAAGUAAGGUUCAGAAUUCAAAGCUUUUUUAGAAAAGUGGUUUUAAAUGUCUUUGUGUCACUCCAAAUUUCAGAAAAUCCCCAAUGUUUAUGGGAUUAAUAGUGAUACAUCAAGCUAUGAAUCAUUUAUGGAAAAGCCUUUCUUUAAAAAAACUAUUCAGAAUAAGGAUUCAACUUUAAGGUUUGUUUAAUAGGUAGAGAUUUGUGUUGAUAGAUAUUUAAAUAGUAUUGUUCCAUCUUGUACAAUUAUUAGCAUUUAGCAAGAAACUACAGAUGAAUUGGAAAAACAAAUGGAUAUCAAAAUGCUAAUUUGUAUUUUGACUAUUUUCUUUUUAGUAGUCUGAAAUGUUAUGGAGGCAACCAAAAAAUGCAAAGUUGGCCAGUCCAUAGAAACAGUUUUAGCCUGAAGUGUAUCAGCGUAACAUCCUUCAUAUUUGUCUCAUUGAUUGCAAACAAUAUGAGUUAAGUGUCGAAGUAUGGUCUUCCAAAUCCUUGAGAUCACGAUGUAACUAAUUUGACACCGCUGUGCCUGGUGGGGGGGUUUUGUAAUAAGAAACAUCUACUACACUGGAAAGAGUCCCCACAGCAACUGUCAAACAAACAAGCUUUAUUUUUGUAGAACGCUCAGGUCCCAAAUCUUCAAAGUGGACAAAAUAUAUAUUAAAAACAUGUAACAGCACAGUGUACAGUAAGUGUAAAUAUACGUAUAGUGUAUGGCGUAAAAGUGAAUGUUUUAGAUGGAGAAGAUACCCUAAAGUAUAAAUUCACAUUUUUUUUUAAUCAAAUUAAAUGGAAAAAGUCUGCAUUCAUCUGGAUGAUACCUUACUAAUGGUUUGCAUUUUUCUCGAACAACAUAAUAACCUUAAAGGUGGGGUAUGUAAUUUUGGAGAAACCAGCUCGAGUGCGCUAGAAUUUGAAAAU